AAGCCAUUUACUUCCUUGAGGAGAGGCAGAAAGGAGCUUUAUAAAUGGUACUCAUGUAUUAAGUGUUCACAAAUCUAACAUUUUUCUUUCUUGAAACUGAAAACCUGAUACAGCAAGAAGUUCAAUGGACACAUGCACAAAGACAGAUAUUGCAUUGGCUCCACCGGUGUAUACUGCUAAAGAAAUGACAUCAAACAGAAAGAAAAUUAUAUACAUUGCUGGAACAGUUAUUGCCCUUGUUCUGAUUGCAGUGAUUGCUAUUUUACUUGGAGUCUUUCUCACCCAGAAACAUUAUGAAACAAUCAUACAGACAACAAUGAAAGGACAGAAUAGAGAAGUUAAUCAAUUUGCUGCAACAGUCAAUGACAAAGAAAAUGUUGCAACCUUUUACAUCUCCGAAGGAAAUAUCUCAGCAACGCUGGUGUAUGACUAUAAUAAUGGUGUUGUUGGAUACAGAGCCUCACAUGACAAUCUCUGCUUGCUGCUCAAAAUGGAUAAAAACAGCUUCCCCAGUAUUGAUGACGUCAUUCAUAGUCUGAAUAAGAAUCAGACUCUGCCAGGAGCACAACAGUUAAACUUGUAUCAGACUGGAUCACUGGUGGUGGAUCGUACUGUGUUGGGAAAAACUGUGAAUAUCUUGUGCCAGAAUGUCCCCAUUUAUUUUGCUCAGCAAAAUGAAGGCAGUAAACGUCUUUUUAGCUAUCAAAAAUGCUGGAAGGUCGGGUUUGUAAAAGUUUGCGUCUCUGUCAGUGUGAAAUAAAGAAACAAUGAAGACAGCAUUAUUAUUUUCUGUACAUAUGUAAUUGCCAACGUUUAAUAAUUUGCAGUUAAAAUUUAUGAUUGUGACAUACAUGCCAUAAUGCUUUUGACAUAAUAUGCAGGGUUCUUGCAACUUUUCAAUGUGUUUAAUGCAGAAAAUUGAAUAAUGCAUUUUGUAUAAAUGAAUCACAAAUGCUUCAGCUUAUCUAUUUGAUAUACCAACGUUUCUGGAAUCUAAACAUGAAUAAACUUUAAUUUGAUAAAUUGAUAGUAUAUUAUUAAAACCUUUUAAUCUUCAAACAA